AAUGUCUGAAUCAAAUUAUUAUUAGAAAUUUGGAAUAAAUCAAUCAGUUUAUAAUAGUGAGUCACCCAAACAAUUGACUCCUAUUCUGAAAAUUAGACAUUCAUUAUCAGAUGGUGAUAUUGAUACUAGAAAAGAUAGCUAUGGCAAUUAUAUUAAGCAUGGUUAAAAAAAGCAUCGAAUUUAAUUUAGAGAGAAGAACGAAGUAUUUAUAGGUAUUAGAUGAAUUGAUUUCAAUAGUCGAAAAUUGGAAAUAAUACAACACUGAUAUGGCAACUCAAGAAUCUCCUUGUCUUUGUACAAUUUUGUGA